GACGACUACUACGAUACAUACCUCCGGACGGGACGAACAACUAGAAUCCGCAUUGGCAGGCAGCUGCAGUCAAACGUCAAGCAUCCGGCCUACACCAUUGGAGCUACAGCGUUCGAUAUUUGUACCCAUAUUGAACUGUAGCGUAACUGCUCCUUUCAAAUCUUUUGCGCGCGUUUUUCAGUGGUUCCUCCCGAGCUUUUCUGCGCCUGUCGAUGUCGAGGAUAGUAACUUGAAUUUGCUCUCAAUCCCGACCAUCUGCGAUAUGCGUUUCCGUUUAUAGACACUGUGAAAAUCCAUUUUCUUUAUAUAACCGGCUCUGGUCUAGGGGAUGCUGGAGCGAGCUGCUCAGCGCCUUGAAAACGCAGGAGAAUGCCUUUUCCGCCAUUCGAAACGCCACGCUCGCAGCCGACGUGUUUUGCAUCCGGAAUUCUGGCAUCAUGGCGUUGCUGACAUCGAGGCUCCCUUGUGGAGCUUCGAUUACAUGCAGCCACCGCGAUCUUCCCCGUCCACCGCUCGACAUUUACCAGCUGCCGCAGAGCCUUUCACCCUACCUCAUAACCACCUUCAGAAUACCCACUUGGAAUUCUUGUACCCGCCGGAAACACAAGUAUUUGCACGAUAUUGUCUUCCUCACAUCAUCAAAAACUCCAUCGAUUGUAGGAGAAGAUUGGGCAGUCGGCCUUAUUCAACGAAUUCUGGUGAAAUUGCCGAACCCCUGCCGCACAACAAGGAGGCUGUACCUCAAGUUCAAGAGGAACUGGAUUUUGAAGCGUCGGAAAAUCUAGGAGAGUCGCUGGUAGAACGAGAGGAUGCAUUUGAGUACUAUGACCUCUACAAAAGCGCCAAGAAACCAAUUAUUCUUCCUAAACGCCGGGCGUCUCCAUUGUUGCCCUUUGUGAGGUUCGGGUUGGCCUAUUGCAACUUUUAUCGGCUCCAGCGUGAGACGAUGUCACGAUUUCGGAUGAAGCAACUGGGUUUGGAACGUUCUCGGAAAACUAAGGGCUUCCGCACGAUUCUCCCCCGCGGGGCAAAAGUCAAAAAACGGCCGCGAGUCGGUAAGGAUGGGGAGAUAGAGAUACAUCCUAAUCUUCUUCGGCGGCUUGAUCGAUAUCUGAGCGGAGAUUCUCCACUGAACUAUCGCUCUGUAUGGAAAUUGUAUCAUGUUGUCAAGGACCAAAAGCCAGAGUACCAUUCACGCGUCCUUGCGUAUCUUUCGGAAUCCCGGGAGCCUUUAGAUCGAAUCUGUUCGAGACUUGCAUUUGAAGCCAUUGAGAUUGAACAGAGAACUCCCGAUGACUAUGGCCACGUGACAAAAUCUCUUAUUCAAUGCGACGGGAAUAUCGACUUGGUAAGGGAUAUAUGUAAGGAGGCGGUGUUAAAACUCAAAGGAGAAAAGUGUUGGGACAUUGCCAUGGUUGCGCUGGUGGACCAGAUGAAGUGGAAGGAGGCAUUCCAAUUUUUCUCUUUCAAACCCUCUCUCCCGGAAAGCCAGCCCUUCAAACGAAUCAAAUUCCACGAGUUAUCAAACAUGCUCAGCUUGCCCGAGAGAGUCUUAAGUUUACUUGAAUUGUUACGAGAGAAAAAGUUGGACCUUUUGGAAGCUACUCCACUGGUAGGCUUUUUAGUCCACUUGGUCAUCAAGAAGAAAACGAUACUGCGGCAAACCCCCAUUGAACAAAUUCUAUUAUUGUUCUACAGCCUUAACGCCGUUCGGUUACUUGAGAGUCAACAUUACUUCUGGGCCUUGUCAACGCUACGAUAUCUAGAUAUCGAAUUGAAAACCACCCGCGCACUCCAAGUUUAUUGGCACUUCCGUUUAUUAAUGGAUACGACUAAGCCACCUGAGAAGGUUCUCGCUGGACUUUUGAAGGUUGUAGCAGUACUGCGGAAGCCAGAGGCUACUAACCAGCUUCUCAGAGAGUUUCGAUUAUUCUAUGAAAAGCCGUCAGAGGAGGCAUAUCAAAUUGCUCUCACGGGAUUUUCCAGACUUGGAGAUUUUCGGAGAGUGACUAGUUUAUUUAACUCCUAUGUGGGCCACUACGGCCAACCCAGGAAGCUUAGUUUGGUUAACCCUCUCAUACACGUUAAUGCAGCAGUCGGCAAGGUCUACCAAGCCAGGAAGCAGCUAGAAAGGCUCCGCAGCGAGUUCUCACUGAGUCCUGACGUGACGAGCUGGAAUAUUGUCCUGACUGCCCAUGCGAAAGCCCGCGACAAGCAGGGCGCCCUAUCAACUUAUCAGGAAAUGAUUGACGCAGGAUUAAAGCCAGAUUCGCAUACACUUGGUAUAUUAAUGGGAUUGUUUGCGAAGGAUGGAAGCGUGGAAAGUGUCAUGGAUUUCUUGCAGGUCGCGAAGGGAUAUGAUAUUCAACUCAACAUGGCAAUGCUCCAUCCAGUGGUCGAGACGCUCUGUAACAACAGAAAAUACGCCGCUGCAGAGCAGUUCGCUGAUUCUGUGAUGAAACUGCAAGCUCCCGGCCCUACUACGCGCAUGUGGAAUGUUAUUCUGUGGCACUAUGCUUUCCUGCCUGACCUAGAUUCCAUGCUAGCAGUGCAUGAUCGAAUGAGAAAACUAGGAGUGAAGUUCGACCAUAUGACCUAUGCAGCCACCAUUCUGGCGCUUGUUCGCACUGGAAACCAUGACGAUGCUAUUCGUGUUAUUCGAAGACUUGAAAACCUCCACCAAGUGUCCGUGACCCAAUUCCACUAUUCUAUCCUUCUGUACGGUUAUGCUUUAAUCGGCGACCUAGAAAUGAUUGAGCACACCCAGAAUGAAAUCAUGAAAAAAUUCGGCCAUUUGAAUCUCAGCUCGAGACUGUCUGUUCUUAAGGGGAAAAUUCAUAUGGACAAGAGGCUGAUCGAGGAAGGGAAUUAUGUUGGGCAUAAUAACGAAAUUCGACUGGUGAAUGCAGAAGAGUUCCUAGCUUCGAUUAUGAAAGAUUUCGGAAUCAGGGAGUGGGCUACGAAGGCUCCACAGCCUGGGGCAAAUCAGAAGUCUGUACGCGAUGCGUUUCCUUCGGCGUAUUACGAGGAACUCAUUUCCGCCUAUAGAGGUUACGAUGCAUCCACUAGGGCUAAGGAAUUGGCCGAGAAACUGGAGAAAAAGCAAAACCGCCUUAUCGAUAACCCGAAUAUUGUGCCCCUUAGUCAGUUGGCUCAAAGAAUGAAGCUCCAAAUGAGAGAUAGAGGGUUCGAUAUGGUGGAGAAGCUCUGGAGCAGAGCAUUUGAUCAAGCCAAACGCGGAACUGCCGUAACAGCCUCUUUUACUCCCAACCGCGCCGACGACCCCGACGACCCCAAACAUAUCACUACGGGCUCCAUGUCAACUACUCAACGUUUCUCUCUCUCUGAAUGUCUUUCAGUACUUAUGGAAUGUUACGCAGAGCAGAAUCUCCACUCUAAAAUCGCAGUUGUCAUAUCGCAAGUUCAAAAGGCUGGCUUCGCCUUGACGACUCAUAACUGGUCAUUCUAUAUUGAACUGCUAGCUGUUUCCUCCCGACGAGAAGACCGACUCAAUGCUUUUAUUCUCUUUGAAAAACUGUUCAUUCCUAAUUACACCGGGUGGAAACAGGUAAGGGCGAGAUCGACCGCACGGCCCAGCCAUACACCUUCCACAUUUGCUCUCCAGGAAAGCAGAGACCACUAUUUCUCCCGCCGGCCUGACCAUAUGGGCCACGGCGAAAGUUACGCUUGGUCAAAGCUUGAACCCGACCACAUGCAACCAUCUUACGACACAAUGGUUCGCCUGGCUGCUGCGCUAGUCGAUGCCAGAGCACGCUCGGUUUUGGAUGCCGGCGAAGAGGUUAACUCCAUACUCCUGUCUGCUCCCUUGACCAUAAUUGCCAUGGGAAAUAUACACGACCCCCAAGGUGGAUUCGGACAGAUAUUGAAUGAAGCUCAACACGUCGUCGAGUCUAGCCCUAUUAAGGCUGUGAUGGAACCUGGACUUGACGAGCAAGGGCUGGUUAAAACUGAAUCUUCAUCAGAGACAACUGGGAAGGAGACCAAUGCCAAUGUCGAUACGGGCACCAAUUCUGUCGUUCCAUCGCCGUAUGAUCUCAUCCCGGUACCUGCCGGAAUGGCCAAGGAAACAUCGCCAGACAUGGCUCUGAUCAAAACGCUUUUGGAGGAAGACGUCCAAUGGAGAGAGAUUGAAUACAAAAGACGGACCCAACGACGUCAAUUUUUAGAAGACAACCCGUCUUUGGACGGAACUCCCCCUAGAUUACCGCCCCACUUACGUGGCGAAGGGAGGGAAACGGGUCAUUGGCAUGCGUUAAGAGAAGUGGGGCUGCUCAACACACCCCGCCUCAUCCAGCAUGCACACCUUGAGCUACCAGAACGAUCUCGGGAGACGCUGGAAGAGGAAGAGGAAACUCUGAGCAAGGAGCGGAUCCUGUGGCGCAAAGAGGAAUUGGAGUGGCGCAAAAAGGUGAAAAGUGGACGCUGGAAGGAUUGGAUCCCGGCACGCAACCAGAGGCUAUGGCUUAAAAAGAUCGAUGCUCAGAACCUGCCCCUGAUCCUCCAGUAUCUCCGUCUCGAGGAGGAUGCGUACGACAUCAAAGACCCAUACCGCAAGGAAUGGGUUUUCUGGUGUCGAUUGCAAAUCUGGCGACACAUGAAAGAGGACGAGCGAGUUGACUGGAUGCUCUACCACGAGAAAAAUAGAAGUAAACGCUGGCGGGGUCUUCGGGAGUGGCGAGAGGACCUUAAUUGGAUACGGAAGAAGAUACCACGGCCUGAUCGUGUGGAUGGCGAGUUUGCCAGUGAUCAGGACCGGGAGGCGCACAGCCUCCAUUACCAUGCUAAGACCCGUUUGAACCAGAUCCGAGAUAUGAUGGCGAAGGUUUACAAGCUAGCUUAUCAGGACACUUGAUUGGGGAAAAUCUUUUGGAUUUCUUUUUUGGAGGUGGUUGCCCCAUCAUGUAGAUAUAUCUCUGUACAUUAUUUGUGGCCUUUUUUUAACAUCUUUUGCAUCAUUUUCCCCUCAUGUGUGUAUGUUAGAUAUAUAUAUGUUGUCAUCUACGAUGGUUUAGCGCAUGGAUAUAAAGUUCCUAUAUAUUUUAAAAUUACAAUCAGUGAUUUUUCUAUAUAGUCUGGUGGGGACCUCGGAUGGUUUGAUAUGGUGGGUUUCCCAAUUGGGCAUAAUUGAAAUAUCACAUGAUUCUGAUGCAAAACGCGAAACACGCGUAACUG